UUCUAUAUUUUGAGGGGCCAAAAUCAUAUUUAAGAGUUUCCAAAUUUCAGUGUUUCGCACUUUUAUGUUCAUCGUUCUGUUCUGUGUCUUCAUUCACUUCUUCACUUUCAAGUCCCAGCAAUGAACGGUGGUGCCGCUAAUUUCAUUCAAGAAAACGGAAACGAAAGCGAUUCGGACGCGAAUUCCGAUGGCGUGCCGGAAUAUUACCAGCCGAUCUCGGCCGUUGACGACGACGGCGGGAGCUCCGACGGAGAGAACGGCGUUGAGAUCCGACAGCUUCCGAACGGUUACGUCGGGCACGGUGGUGUGGAGAACGGGAUCGCGUCUCUGAAUCUGAACGACGGCGCAGAGCAGAAGAGCAGCGAUGAGGAGGAAGAAGGGGAGGAGGAUAGGAGGAUGAGAGAGGAAUUCGAGAGGGAGGUUCGGAGGACGCUCGGGGAAGACGAGAGCCGGAGGAACGCGCCGCUGUCCGAGGAGAACGCGUCGAGGGUGAUGGAGGCGAUGCGCGGCGUGAACUUCCUUGGAUUGCCUCCUGAUUGGGCUUCGCAAAUCUCAGAGGAAAACUGGAUUGAACGCCUUCGAAGAUUGAGACAAUCACCAAACACUUGAGAAAAAUUAGAAAUUCAGAUUUCAUGCUAUUUUCCCUUCAUUUGAGUUCUGAAUUCCUCCAUUACUCAAGAAUUGUGUUUUUGUGCUUAUGAGAAGAAUAUCCAUAAUGUGUACUGUUUUCUGCAUUGUUAAUGCAAUUUGGCAUAUUAAUUUUUGUCCAA